UCUAGGAAUAGAAAACGUGGUUCACGGCGCACUGAGCGGACGAAGCUGUCGAACACAAUUGGAUGCUGGAGGAUUGUUAGAUUUUGAGGGGCGGUCUCGAGAUUUCACCCAAAGCGUGUGGCUUUGAGCGCUAUCUUCCGCUAUUCACCAAAUCAUGAAUAUGAAUUAAGUGGCAGACUUAAAGAAAGACGUCGUGGCAGUUCUUUGAGAUUCAGCAGCCAGCCAGAAGAGUAAAAGCCACAUCGGGCGACAGACUAUUCGUUUGCAACCUUCCGCUGCAUUUUUAUAUUUUAUCUCAGAACUCUCCGGUUGAGUCAGCAUGGCCUUGAGAGGACCACUGUCUAGAUUAUUGAGAUCCACGUUGAGUUCCUGCCAGCAGAACCGAUCGCAAUCUGUUGCCAUUUUGGGAGCUCCGUUUUCCAAAGGACAGAAAAGGAGAGGGGUGGAACAUGGACCCAAAGCCAUCCGGGAUGCGGGUUUGGUGGAGAGACUUUCAAAUCUCGACUACGCUGUGCAUGAUUUUGGAGACCUGACCUUCAAGCAUCUGGAAAAAGAUAAGCACUUCAUGCACGUGCCAUUCCCACGCACAGUUGGACGUGCCAAUCAGCUGCUGUCGGGAGCUGUGAGCGGUGCGGUGGGGGCGGGACACACCUGCAUCAUGCUGGGGGGAGACCAUAGGUACACCAUUUUUUUUCUUUAUCUAAAGUCUUAAAGUUUUUUUAAAUGUACAA